UUUGGCUCAUCUGCAUCUGCAGCAGUUCGUUCUUUCUCGUUCAGCAGGAGCACGCACCGUUGCCGCAGCCACAGCAUUCUUCUUAUGCAGAAGAAUGUCGUACUAAGUUGUCAUCGUGAUCGUUUUCAUCUUUGGAAAUUCGUGCACUACGUACUUUCGUCUAGUACUCGUGCGUUUUUCGUUCAUAUUUUCGUCCCGUGCAACUACAAGACACCAACGUACACUCGUUUUGUUUCAUCGUCUUCUUCUCCGUUGAAUCCAUCUUCUCGUGGUCCGCUGGAGACGAGCUUCUGCUUCUACGGUGAAAUUAUCGCUUGAUAUGUUUCUAAUUCUAUUCUUUUGAUGUACCAACAGUGACGACCCCAGGAUGUAGGCGAAGUGCUACAAAAACGAAGCUUAUUGAGAUAUCCCACCAAGAUCACCACCCUAAUAUCCCCGAGGAACAACAUCAACAUUGAGCAUGUUGACUGUUUAUAUUUCCCUUUCCCCCUACCUUGUGGCCUUGUCCACCAUCAUUGCCCCCUAUUUUUUUCAACAUCAUCAUCUAGUAGCUGGAUACAAGUUCCAAGUUUUGUCGAAAAAGAAGACCCCAUCGCCCCAUGGCCCAACCAUCUUCGUGUCGUCGGGUCGUAAAACGGGACGAUCCAACGUCGCUGGUGUUGACCAACCCGAUGAAACUGUAGCUGAUAAAAGUAAAGCAGGAACUAGAACUACAAGUGCAGCAGCGACAAGUUCCUCUAGUCCUUCUGAAGACCCCGUCGAGGGAACAACAUUGGUCGCUUCUGGAGAUGCAGCUGGAGCAACUCCAGCUUCUAGUACGGACCGACCCACACCACCCGCCGGCGCACCGCUGCCGUCCUCGUCGGGCACUGGCACGUUUUUGGAAAGAACUCAAAAAACUACAAGUGCAACGACGAUGGAAAACGAAAAGGUCGCACUUCUAGAGACGACGGCCACGGUAACAGAAGAGGAGCCACCGUGUCGCGUGGACUGCCCUGCCUGCCAGGACCUAGAAAGUCUGGAAGAAGAUGAAACGACACCGCCGAAGACCACGACACCAGGCACGACAACCACGACGGCGCCCUCCGAGCGCGAACUUCAGGAGAACGCGGAGACGGUAAAUCCGCUGACUCCGCCGGGGGUGGGCUUGGUGAGUGGAGGCGAUGAAAACAAAAAUGCGACGAACGCAUCCAACGGAACGGGCACAACGACACCGGAGGAGGAAGGCCUGCAGAAUGUAACGAACGCUUCUUCCAACGCCUCGAACGGCACCACUGUCGUGGUGGUUGAAACGACGACGACGACGACGACGACCACUACGACUGAGACGGAGGAAGCUGCGAGCAAUUCCAACGUGGGGGUCGCGAAGGGGUCGGGCUUGGAGAUCCGGUGUCCCGACUGCGAGGCAGGCAAAGCCGAUGUACCAAAUGGUCGCGUUUUUGACUGCUUGGUUGCGUGCAACAUGGCAGGAGGCGGUGACCCGUGGAGAUACAAUUCACCUUUGUGCGGCGAGGGCACCGUGAAGAACGGCGCGGACAACAAUCAUUGCUUGUUGGACAGUCCCGACUACGUGGGCGCCUGCUGCCAGUUCAACAAGGCGUUCAACGCCUUUGAGGAAGACGACGCCUUCCCGCCGGAGUGCGCAGUGCUGGGAAAUCUGCGGGACCAAGAUGCGGAUUUUGGCGUGACCGACGCAUACCUCGACACCGACGGCGAGUUUUACAGCAGUGCUGCGUACUUCUCCUGCGUCGCGAUGCCGAACUGGAUCGCAGAGCCCGCCUGCACCGAUGACGCAUCAAGUUGUGCGCACAUGAGCAACGCAACGCACGAGGGAGCGUGUUGCCGGAAGGGCGAGGACCCGAACAAUCAAGCGGGCGGGUUGUGCGCGACGGACGGAAUUGUUUACCCGAAGGCUGACUUGAUCGUGGAUGAGAAGAUUGAGAAAAUGUGGCACAAAAAGGAGUGCGUCGCGGUUUCCACCACGACGACAACUUAUCCAGUGCAAAAAAACGACGUUUAGCGGUUUCACCCUUAGGGAAAGAGAUGAGGCACGAGUGAAUUCCUCAGAUCUCUACUUCGAGUGUAAAAAUUGUGCCUGUCCAAUGUUAUGGUUUAAUGUAGUUGAUCUCGAUCCCAGGACAGGACAGAGACUACAUAAAAGUUUAUCAUCCCCGCCCUGUGGUGGAAUAAAGACAAUUGCAGUGUACAAGUCGAUUUCUUGCACUGGAUAACCUCCCGCCACCGGUUUGCCUCUGCUACAACGGUGUCCUCGACGGUACAAACGACUGCCCCGCGGACGACGCACAGCUCUGCGAAAGUUGCAAUGCCGGGUACGAGCUGCGCGAAGACGUACCAAAUACGGGACAGAAAAGCUGCUACCCGAAGUGCGGCGGCGUGACGUGCGAAGAACAAGACAGUUCCACUAGAGCGUUCAUCAUUCCAAAAGACGCGGAAGAUUUGUGCGAGCUUGCGGAGGGCGGCGACCUGGCGGAGAGUGAGUGGCUCGUCGAGGGCACGUUCCCGCAGUCGCAAUGUGAGGCAUUCUGCUGUCCGAGGGGGUGCAGCCAGCCGACCGCUGAUACGCUGACGGAUUUGGAGGAACGGUACUUAAUUUGCUCUUUGCUAACUCGACAGGGACAGGGACAUGCGUUUUUCAUCUUGUUGUAUUUUUUCCAAAGUAAAGUUGUUGUUGCCACUGAACCUGGUGGUGCUGGUGGAAGCAUGCGUCGUCGUUCAGCUACUUAGAGGAUUUUUUUAUUCGCACCCGCCGGUUGCACGACAAAGCACAACAGAAAGUAUCGGUACACGUUUUUUUCCGAAUGCAGCUCCGAAUAUGAACAAGAUGAACAUCAAUUUGUUUAUACUCACACACCACGACAGGGUUUUGAACGUCCCCAGUGAUGACGGGUGGAGGACGCUGCUGACGUCGACUGAAAUGCUUAUGAGAAUGAAAUGUGCGAUAGUUCAUGAUCAACGGCGACAGCUACCUCGUGCAUCAUGCAAAGUUGAAGAUGUGACAGCCUCAUGCUCAUUGUUUCCUUACGUUUGAGAAUUGAUUCAUAAUGCAUCGAAUAAAGUCAGGGUUUUAUUUCGCCUAUCGGCUGCCUUGCUGGGCGCACAAGAACACGACGCGAUGCACAGUAGCGCCCAGUACUGAAGAUGAGUUUUCUGGCGUCCUCGUCGUUGAACAUGAACUAGGACAACUUUUCACUUCGAUACAACUGCCCGGAAUGGAUGACACUGACGCUAUCGAAAAUGACCCAGGUACCAACUGUAACCUCGCCAACUACAUCGGUGAUGACGGCGCCACCACUCUGAAGUUCUAUUGCCCCGUCGCGAACCAAGCCGUGCAGGUUGUCGGCUGCGACACACUGGUCGUGGAUUCGACACCCCAGUGCGGGUGUGAAAAUGGCGAGCGGAAGGCUCCGGAGACGACAAGCACCUGCGACGCGACUGGGGAACAGGAUUGCGAUACUUGCAACACCAACUAUUCACCACAGCAAGACUGGCCGGCAGGCACUCAGACUGGUUGCGCGCCGCAGUGCGGCGACUGUACCGCAGAGUGGCCCUGGAACGCUCAAACGGGCGAGUGGUACGAGCAAGAACCAGGUACGUCAACGGACAUCGCAGCCCCGUGCCCGUUUUACGUGGACGGAAGUAAGAGUGACGCCGACAGGGUCGCGCUCCUCACGGAUGACUUGCAGACCGCCCGAGCCAAAUGCCGGGAUGGGUCCGCCGAUCCCGCAAGCCCCAGCGAGAAUUUGCGAUGUUGCGUCCGCAAGCAAACCUGCACGCAGCCGCCACUGCAGAUUCUGGAACGGGAGGUCGCUGCUGGCUCCUCCAUAAACUGGGAGCAAGUCCUCAAAGACGCUGCGCUGCAGCCUGGGCAAGGCGCACCAGUCGAGUUCAGCGGCAUUGCGACCGCGUGCGCCGCAGGCUACUCGGGCACGCCAACGUUUCGUUGUUCAGCCGCGCGACCGCAGCUAUUGGUCGAGGGUUGCACCGAAAACACCUGCACGUGUGAGACCGGAUCUCUUGUUUCCACGACACGUGUGUGUGCCGUGGACGGGGGUCAGAAUUGUGAUGACUCCUCUUGCAACACACACUAUGCGGCAACGCCUGGUUGGCCCGCACCGCUUCAAGUGGGGUGUGCACCGGUGUGCGGCGACUGUGUCACAGAGUGGCCCUGGAAUGCUGAAACGGGGGAGUGGUACGAGCAAGAGUCAGGGGAUGCAACUUCAACAGAAAGCGCGUGUCCGUUCUACGUGGUAAACAGUAACGCGAACGCCAAUGCUGCGCUCACAGAGAUGAACGUGACCAUCACGCGAGAAAAGUGCCGGGAUGGGUCCGACGAUUCUUCCACUCCCAGCUCUGGUUUGCGAUGUUGCGUCCGCAAGCAAACCUGCACGCAGCCGUCGGACACGGCAUUGCAGAACGUGAUGACCGGAGAAAGGGUGUACAUCAACUGGGAAGAAGUUCUCAAACGCGAUGCGCUGCAGCCUCAACAAGGAGCAGUUGAGUUCAGCACCAUGAUCGCGUCAGACGCGGCCUGCGCUGCGGGCUUCUCGGGCACGCCCACGUUGGAGUGCCAAAACGGCGGCGAGGAGCUGGUGGUCAGCGGUUGCACUCCAAAUGAAUGUGUUUGCCACAACGGUCGUGAACUUUCCCAAACGCGCACGUGUGCGGCAACGGGCGAUGAGAAUUGCGCCGAAGACAGCUGUGACGCCAACUACAAGCUGAAGGAAGGUUGGCCCGAUUGGCUGCCAAGGGCACCGGUCCAGUGGGGGUGCGCGCCGAAGUGCGAAGUGGGUGCUUGUGAGACGGACCUCCCGUGGAAUCCGGCAAACGGCGAAUUUUUCGUGUCGAAAGCGGAAGGUACCUAUUGCGGGUUAUUUUUCGCGGAAGGUAGCUAUUCCCCUGAAGACGAAGCGCGCCGCCUUGCUCUUUCUGAAGACAGCGACGAUCAAGCCAGAGUGCGGGCCCUGUGCCUCCGUGGCGGGGUGGGGAAUGCCGAAACUGAUUAUCAGGCAGGUCGGACCUGUUGCGAGCGCAGGCAAACCUGCACGCAGCCGUCUGGAGCAUUGGAGAAUCUUGUCCAAUUGGAAGACAGUAUUGAUUGGAAAAAUGUCCUGAUGGACGAUUCAUUGCAGCCGAACCAGUUCAGCAAUGGCGAAGCCAACGCAAUUUCACGCACAGCGAUUGCCACAACCUGUGCCGAGGAUGCGUUGGGAACCGAGCCGAAGUUUUACUGCCUCGCCGCUGGACAGCCCCUGCAGAUGACGGGUUGCGCUGUAUCAUUGGUGAAAUGGUGUUCUGUCUCCAUCUGCAGCGAAAAUGAAUUCUCGGACUUUUGUAUCGUUGAGGACCUCAGAAGAUAAAGAUAUUCCUCACGACAGAUGAAAAGAUGGAUACCGUGAUACAUGUUGAUGUUUACUUGCAUGGGUGUCUGAGGAGUAAUGAAAGCAUCAUAAUUUUUAAUUAUGUGCGACGUAAUUUGCGAAUCGACAUUUACAUUUUCAGAAAGUUGUGGAAGCCAAAAAAAAAUGAAAUACUGCGAAAUAAGUAUUAAGUCACUGUAAGUAGAACAUGUGUGAACACGCGUUCCCACCUUGACGCAUGAGUACUACCUGAAUUUGAGAUACUACAUGCACAAAAUACCGCAGCACCUGUGAGGUCAAGUGAAUCUGCUACGUUUCUACCCUGGCCCUGCAUGUAAUGGACGAGGCAAGAUACAACUUUUCAUCUCGACACGCAACCAAUCCCAAUGUCGGAACGGCGAGGGGAUCGAACGUCGAAAUUUCCUGUCCCGACUGCGACGCGGGUAACACUGCCGACGGCAAGGUGUUUAACUGCUUGACAGCGUGCGCCAUGGAACAACGUCAAUGGGGGGACUGGACCUAUAAUUCUCCACUCUGCGGCGAGGGCAUCGUCAAAGACGUAAAUCGGGAUGGCACCACGUUACGAGACAACAACUACUGUAAAUUGGAAAGCGAUAAGUACGUCGGUGCCUGUUGCCAGUACGACCGAGAGAACCAGAAUUUCAUGGACGACGCUGUAAGUCCACAAGUAUUUCCCCCGGAGUGCUUUCUCAUGGGCCACCUGAAGGAAUUCGCGGGAGUAGAGACGGCUUUCGGCGUCACGGACGAAUACCUGGACGAAACCGGGGGGCCCUACUUCUCCUGCGUGUCGAUGCCGAAGUGGAUUGCCGAGGAAUCGUGCGAAGACGAAUGCACGCAGACAGGACUUUGUGCCGAGUGUCCGUCUGGGACUGGGGCGGAAAGUGAAUAUGUCGGGGCUUGCUGUCAGAAGGGCUUUGACAGCACCGACAAUGCCUGUGAUCCGCAGAGCGAUAUCAGCUUCCCCAACGCCGAUAAGAUUGAAGAUGCAGCACUCGGUAAUCGUUGGCACAAAGCAGAGUGCGUGCUGGUGACGACCACCACGUCGACGACGAAAGACCCCUUUGCCGUAGUGGGGGUCGAGGGCGUGACACUUUCCUGUCCGCGAUGCAGUACUAACGAAAACGGCACUCCAACAGGUAAAGCACAUUUGGAGUGCGGAAGCGUUUGUAUUGCUAAGGACGAGUCUGGGACUGAAGAUUGGGACAACGGCCCUCCCAAAAUCCCAUGUCCUGAGUGUCAGGUCAGCAGCCCCCUGUUCAAAGCCGGCUGCUGCGAAUGGCAGGAAAGCCAAGGAGGAUUUAACGAGUGGGGUCAAAACACUUGUAAAAAUCUCAACCGCCUGUCGGAGAAGGGUUAUCAGUUCCUGAGUCAAGGAACACAAGAUGAGAUAGAGAACAACAGCAAACAGUACUGGUCCUGCGUGGCGUACCCGAAGUGGUUGGAUGAGCCGUCGUGUCUGGACGCAGAUAUGUGCGCCGGCGGGCUGGGAAAAUGCGACAAGUGCUCUGGUGCGUUGGGGACUCCGGCGGGGGCGUGUUGCAAGCAGGGCGAAGGCGACACCUGGGAAAGCUUUCGAAAUGGAUGCAGCGCCGCGGUGAGCACGACGUUCCCCAACGCAGUGCGGCUCGAGGCGAUCGGCCUGGAGGCAAAAGAAGAGUGCGUGGAGAUAGUUGCAGAGGAGUGUCGCGUCACUUCCAAAGAGACUAUUGUAUCUUGUGCAAGUUGUGUCUUAUAGUCCUUCGACUUUGUAAUUGCUGCUAGCUUGCAUGAUACUAAGACAACGUGUUCUGCCCCUGCAUGUGUUGUGACCGCGCUAACAUUUUUUUUGGUCCAGCAUGUUGAGUUUCAUAGAUAGGGUUAGGGAUAGGCCAGCAUCAUGAUAAUCAUAUGGCCUUCUUCCUCAAUAUCCACAGAAUUUUUACCGCCACCGCCAAAAAUAGCAAAAAAGCAUCGCUUUUUUUGAAAAAAAAAUAAAAAAAUUUCAGGUGCUACGUAGCAAGAUUUGUCUGACGUAGUCUAGUAGUUCGAGGUAGCUAGUGACGUCCAGUGGAAGCGCAUUAGGUAAAUGAGGACAAACUAGCUAGGCCCAAACAGCGAUCCGGGUGAAGAAGGCGACGCCCGAGUCCCGCAGCACCUGUUCGCCGCUGUAGACCACCGCGUGGCGACAUGGGAGGAAAGCGAAGGGCCUGGGAUGAUGGUUUUACGGGUUCGGAGUUGGUCAUCUUCACUUGAUGGCCUAGCUCAGCUGGCACAAAAUUGUUGCUUGUCAUCUUUUGCGACAGGACAAAUCGCAAAAAAUUUCAGAAAAAAUCAAAAAAUGUGGGAGAGUAAUGCUUUUUUCUGGCGGUAAAAAUAAUCACGGUGCUAGGGCCUCAAAAUUUUUUUUUCAACAUUUUUUUUGGUCCAGCAUGUUGAGUUUCAUAGAUAGGGUUAGGGAUAGGCCAGCAUCAUGAUAGGUAAGAGAGGGAAUCAGACUUAGUAAACGGAAUCAGACUAAUGGAAUCAGACUACAAGUGGAAUCAGUAUAGUAGAAUCAGAAUAAUGAGUAGAAUCAAGAUACUAGAAUCAGGCUGAUGGGUAGAAUCAGGAGAAGCGGAAUCUGAAUACGUCGACGAAUGUGUUGGCCGCGCAUUCUCCAUCGUAUGCAUUCGAAAUGCCUUCUCCCUACAGGCAUUUCUUUGGUCCGUCAUGUUUUGCAGCUCCGCCUGGUCGCGCUGGUCUCCUCGCAACUGCGCCCACAGUAGUUCUUGAAUGCUGUGCGUUGCGAUUGUACUUGGGGACUUGGUUUGCAUGUUGGGUAUGUGUGUCCGCGUAGCUGUUUCUGUUCGCUCCUCAGCGUACUUCAUGCGCGACCACAUUAAGACACGCGCCAGGAGUUUGUUAUUCGCGACCCCGGUCGACAAGGUGAAAUCUGAAGCAGCCAGGAAAAGCUCAAUGGUUAGGAAAAUAAGCGCCAACUAUAGAAAACAGGAACUAGAACUACGCCUAUCGGCUGCUCUCUGUCUAUUACUUCUCAGCGCUCCUACGUCGUUGCGCCCGUUGCUUCUAGGCUGCAACAGAAAAGUGCGCAAAAGCGCGAUGCUUUGUGGGACCGGAAUUGCCGGACUUAGCCGAAAAGCAGCUCUUUUUGGCGAUUUUUGUUGAAAAAUAAGGGGGGAACUCUCGCAAAUUUUUCAAAAUCGGCUUCGUUUUUCGUGUUUUUACUUAGCGAAAUCCGGUCGAGACAGGCCGAGGGCGAUGGUAGGCGCCUCCUCACAGGACCGCAGACGUGAUGUGCCGCGUGUGCUCGCAGCUCGCUGCUGACCAUUCGCCCCGGCGCCUCUGUUAGCCCCUUGCGUUGCUCUGUAACUAAUGGCGCGCAGAAGCGCGGCGCUAUAUAUGUGCCGCGGCCGCUGCAUUCUUCCGGUUCCGAUGCCUUCCACCCCGCCCUGCCUGUCCUGGUCUGUCUCCCCGCGUUCCGCCCCGGCGGCUACGAUUUGGAGCUGCGCUCCAGGCCUUGCGCACCGGCUGACCAGGCGGCCCCCCCGCCUGUUCGGUGGGCCGCGCGCCUAGAAAGUUGCGCAGGUUCAUCGCCGCACGGGCCGGGGCCGUCGGCGGUUUUUGGGUGGGGCGACUCCACUCGCAUUUGAAGUGGUUGGCACCGCAGCGGCGCAGGGUUGUCGGCUGGGACUGCCUUGCGCCCCCAGGCGCCGCCUCCCGACCUAGCGGCAGCCAGCUUCCCGAGGGCGCAGCCAUCUGUAUGUCGCAGCAGGGCGGCUCCCGUAGGCUAGCGACCUGGCACCACCGAUGCCUAGGGGAGGGGCGUGCCGGCGGCGUGGCCGACUUCCCGGCCCUUGUCCGCCUGUGAGCAGCGCCUCCCGGCACGAGCGGUGGCGCCUCGCACUGCCCAGAUUCUUUGAUUAUGGGAGGCACCCACCCUCCCCUUUCAUUCUCAUACUCGCGCAGGGGAGUAUGAAAGGUGUCCAGGUGCGUGGGGGGGGGGGAGAACGAAGACACGCCCCAGCGAAUGGCGGGCGCGGGGCUUGUCGGGUGAGUGUUUGGCAUGUGUAGGCAUGUUGGCCGGCUUUCCGUGGCUCUGCGUUUUCCCAGCAGCCAACCGUGCGCGGGCGCAAGCAAAGCAAGGACUGGGUAAUGCAGCACUAGCCUGAUUCCACCAGUCUGAUUCCACUGGUAAAGCCGAUCCCAUAUAGCCUGAUUCCAUAAAUAAGUCUGAUUCCGUAAAUCCUUUAGUCUGAUACCAUCGACGACCAUUUUUUUUGGUCCAGCAUGUUGAGUUUCAUAGAUAGGGUUAGGGAUAGGCCAGCAUCAUGAUAAUCAUAUGGCCUUCUUCCUCAAUAUCCACAGAAUUUUUACCGCCACCGCCAAAAAUAGCAAAAAAGCAUCGCUUUUUUUGAAAAAAAAAUAAAAAAAUUUCAGGUGCUACGUAGCAAGAUUUGUCUGACGUAGUCUAGUAGUUCGAGGUAGCUAGUGACGUCCAGUGGAAGCGCAUUAGGUAAAUGAGGACAAACUAGCUAGGCCCAAACAGCGAUCCGGGUGAAGAAGGCGACGCCCGAGUCCCGCAGCACCUGUUCGCCGCUGUAGACCACCGCGUGGCGACAUGGGAGGAAAGCGAAGGGCCUGGGAUGAUGGUUUUACGGGUUCGGAGUUGGUCAUCUUCACUUGAUGGCCUAGCUCAGCUGGCACAAAAUUGUUGCUUGUCAUCUUUUGCGACAGGACAAAUCGCAAAAAAUUUCAGAAAAAAUCAAAAAAUGUGGGAGAGUAAUGCUUUUUUCUGGCGGUAAAAAUAAUCACGGUGCUAGGGCCUCAAAAUUUUUUUUUCAACAUUUUUUUUGGUCCAGCAUGUUGAGUUUCAUAGAUAGGGUUAGGGAUAGGCCAGCAUCAUGAUAGGUAAGAGAGGGAAUCAGACUUAGUAAACGGAAUCAGACUAAUGGAAUCAGACUACAAGUGGAAUCAGUAUAGUAGAAUCAGAAUAAUGAGUAGAAUCAAGAUACUAGAAUCAGGCUGAUGGGUAGAAUCAGGAGAAGCGGAAUCUGAAUACGUCGACGAAUGUGUUGGCCGCGCAUUCUCCAUCGUAUGCAUUCGAAAUGCCUUCUCCCUACAGGCAUUUCUUUGGUCCGUCAUGUUUUGCAGCUCCGCCUGGUCGCGCUGGUCUCCUCGCAACUGCGCCCACAGUAGUUCUUGAAUGCUGUGCGUUGCGAUUGUACUUGGGGACUUGGUUUGCAUGUUGGGUAUGUGUGUCCGCGUAGCUGUUUCUGUUCGCUCCUCAGCGUACUUCAUGCGCGACCACAUUAAGACACGCGCCAGGAGUUUGUUAUUCGCGACCCCGGUCGACAAGGUGAAAUCUGAAGCAGCCAGGAAAAGCUCAAUGGUUAGGAAAAUAAGCGCCAACUAUAGAAAACAGGAACUAGAACUACGCCUAUCGGCUGCUCUCUGUCUAUUACUUCUCAGCGCUCCUACGUCGUUGCGCCCGUUGCUUCUAGGCUGCAACAGAAAAGUGCGCAAAAGCGCGAUGCUUUGUGGGACCGGAAUUGCCGGACUUAGCCGAAAAGCAGCUCUUUUUGGCGAUUUUUGUUGAAAAAUAAGGGGGGAACUCUCGCAAAUUUUUCAAAAUCGGCUUCGUUUUUCGUGUUUUUACUUAGCGAAAUCCGGUCGAGACAGGCCGAGGGCGAUGGUAGGCGCCUCCUCACAGGACCGCAGACGUGAUGUGCCGCGUGUGCUCGCAGCUCGCUGCUGACCAUUCGCCCCGGCGCCUCUGUUAGCCCCUUGCGUUGCUCUGUAACUAAUGGCGCGCAGAAGCGCGGCGCUAUAUAUGUGCCGCGGCCGCUGCAUUCUUCCGGUUCCGAUGCCUUCCACCCCGCCCUGCCUGUCCUGGUCUGUCUCCCCGCGUUCCGCCCCGGCGGCUACGAUUUGGAGCUGCGCUCCAGGCCUUGCGCACCGGCUGACCAGGCGGCCCCCCCGCCUGUUCGGUGGGCCGCGCGCCUAGAAAGUUGCGCAGGUUCAUCGCCGCACGGGCCGGGGCCGUCGGCGGUUUUUGGGUGGGGCGACUCCACUCGCAUUUGAAGUGGUUGGCACCGCAGCGGCGCAGGGUUGUCGGCUGGGACUGCCUUGCGCCCCCAGGCGCCGCCUCCCGACCUAGCGGCAGCCAGCUUCCCGAGGGCGCAGCCAUCUGUAUGUCGCAGCAGGGCGGCUCCCGUAGGCUAGCGACCUGGCACCACCGAUGCCUAGGGGAGGGGCGUGCCGGCGGCGUGGCCGACUUCCCGGCCCUUGUCCGCCUGUGAGCAGCGCCUCCCGGCACGAGCGGUGGCGCCUCGCACUGCCCAGAUUCUUUGAUUAUGGGAGGCACCCACCCUCCCCUUUCAUUCUCAUACUCGCGCAGGGGAGUAUGAAAGGUGUCCAGGUGCGUGGGGGGGGGGGAGAACGAAGACACGCCCCAGCGAAUGGCGGGCGCGGGGCUUGUCGGGUGAGUGUUUGGCAUGUGUAGGCAUGUUGGCCGGCUUUCCGUGGCUCUGCGUUUUCCCAGCAGCCAACCGUGCGCGGGCGCAAGCAAAGCAAGGACUGGGUAAUGCAGCACUAGCCUGAUUCCACCAGUCUGAUUCCACUGGUAAAGCCGAUCCCAUAUAGCCUGAUUCCAUAAAUAAGUCUGAUUCCGUAAAUCCUUUAGUCUGAUACCAUCGACGACCAUUUUUUUUGGUCCAGCAUGUUGAGUUUCAUAGAUAGGGUUAGGGAUAGGCCAGCAUCAUGAUAAUCAUAUGGCCUUCUUCCUCAAUAUCCACAGAAUUUUUACCGCCACCGCCAAAAAUAGCAAAAAAGCAUCGCUUUUUUUGAAAAAAAAAUAAAAAAAUUUCAGGUGCUACGUAGCAAGAUUUGUCUGACGUAGUCUAGUAGUUCGAGGUAGCUAGUGACGUCCAGUGGAAGCGCAUUAGGUAAAUGAGGACAAACUAGCUAGGCCCAAACAGCGAUCCGGGUGAAGAAGGCGACGCCCGAGUCCCGCAGCACCUGUUCGCCGCUGUAGACCACCGCGUGGCGACAUGGGAGGAAAGCGAAGGGCCUGGGAUGAUGGUUUUACGGGUUCGGAGUUGGUCAUCUUCACUUGAUGGCCUAGCUCAGCUGGCACAAAAUUGUUGCUUGUCAUCUUUUGCGACAGGACAAAUCGCAAAAAAUUUCAGAAAAAAUCAAAAAAUGUGGGAGAGUAAUGCUUUUUUCUGGCGGUAAAAAUAAUCACGGUGCUAGGGCCUCAAAAUUUUUACCGCCACGACGCAUUUUCUUCUAGAAAGUGCUCGUUUUUGACUCAAAAAUCUCAGCAUAGAACCGGUGGAAUCUUUACCGCCACUUUUUCAUUGAUUUUCCAUUAAAAUCGUGGCGGUAAAAGUUCUACCGAUGCUAUGGUGGAUUUGGAAAGUCAAAAAGUCGUCAUUUUCUUUUAGAAAUUGCCUCAUGGCGGUAAAAAUUUUGAGGCCAUACCAACGUGAUUAUUUUCACCGCCAGAAAAAAACAUGACUUCGUGGAAAAAAGCAGAUUUGGAAAAGUUCUGAGAUCAUUUCAGAAAAGUCUCAGCUUUCUCGAAAAAGUCGAAAACUGAGUGUGGCGGUAAAAGUAACACGAUGCUACGGCCCCAGAAAUUUUACCAUCAUGUUGAGUUGUGACCGCGCUAACAUUUUUUUUGGUCCAGCAUGUUGAGUUUCAUAGAUAGGGUUAGGGAUAGGCCAGCAUCAUGAUAAUCCUAUGGCCUUCUUCCUCAAAUCCAGUACUAACGAGGGAGUUCUAAUUUGCAACAAAGGGGCACAAUGCAGGGGGCCCCAAAAAUCUGCGUUUUAUUAUUGUCCGCCCCAGGUGGACUGUGACUGUGAGUGUGACCCAAGCCCAAGAGAGUAAGUACGUGUUGUCAUGUGAGUACCGAAGAUGGGUGGAACAAUGGGUAAUAUCAUGGCUCUUUGCUUUAUUUCAUAUUUGAAUUGUAGCGAGCGACAGCGACACAUAUUUGCACAGGAUGCCGUGGCUCCUUUUACGACUGCCUGGACCCUGCCACGUGUGAGUCCGCGAAUAAUUGUGUGCUGGAGGCCAGAAGCGAGUGGCCGAUGUGGUAUUGGACGAAGAGACUACUCCUCGAGAACGAGAACCCUGCGAAUUCGAUUAGCUCCGUCGCCGCGACAUCGUGUUAUCAAUAUCUUGCCAAUUAUUUCAAGUUUUGUCACAAUUUUAGUGACAAUAGCCCCUUGAGUGCGACUUUAAAUCUGAACUGCAAGCAGGCCGAAGUAAACUGCUAUAACCAGAUUAAUAGCUUACGCAACAACUGCACUUCGCACCUUGAACUGUCCACGGAAAGCCGUGCGCGACUUAACGAAGUAGUGAACGAUGCCGACAACAAAUAUAACACCGCCUGCUAAUAAAAAUUGCCUUCAACAUUCAGCACGUGUUUAGGGUUAAGUUCGAAGAAAAAAAUAUUUUUGCUCAAGCACUAUUCCAUGGCGGAUAGAAUUUUUUUGUACAAACCAAUCACCUCUAUUGUCGUGCUCAAGGCCCGUACGGUACGCAGCCACCCAAGGCAGCCAGCAAGACUUCCGAUUCGUGAGUAUCGUUAUUACUAUUCGAAGUAUAAAGUACCCUUCAUCUUGAGCUGGUUCCUUCUUGUUCGCGAUGUGAUAUUACGAUUACCUCUUGCUCAAUUACUUCAUUCUUAGCAUCCCGAACCUCGAACAAAUUAUAUUUUCAUUUUUUCGGAAGAUUAUUUUCAUUACCUGUGACGCCAACUGACAAUUCAAAUUCCGGCAAAGGAU